AUGGCACCAGCGAUCGGCAUUGACUUGGGCACGACCUACUCGUGCGUGGGAAUCUUCCGUGAUGACCGCAUUGAGAUCAUUGCCAACGACCAGGGUAACCGCACAACACCCUCAUUCGUUGCCUUCACCGACACAGAGCGUCUUAUUGGUGACUCCGCAAAGAACCAAGUCGCUAUGAACCCUAUCAACACCGUCUUCGAUGCCAAGCGUCUCAUUGGCCGGAAAUUCAACGACGCGGAAGUCCAAGCCGACAUGAAGCACUUCCCAUUCAAGGUCGUUGAGAAGGCUGGCAAGCCUAACGUGCAGGUCGAGUUCAAGGGCGAGGAGAAGACAUUUUCACCUGAGGAGAUCUCAGCGAUGAUCCUCACCAAGAUGCGCGAGACCGCAGAGGCCUACCUCGGUGGUACCGUCAACAACGCCGUUGUCACCGUCCCCGCAUACUUCAACGACUCGCAGAGACAAGCAACCAAGGAUGCUGGUCUCAUCGCCGGCUUGAACGUUCUCCGUAUCAUCAACGAGCCUACCGCCGCUGCCAUUGCCUACGGUCUCGACAAGAAGACUGAGGGUGAGCGCAACGUGCUCAUCUUCGACUUGGGUGGUGGUACCUUCGAUGUGUCCCUGCUCACUAUUGAGGAGGGUAUCUUCGAGGUCAAGUCUACUGCCGGAGACACUCACUUGGGUGGUGAGGACUUUGACAACCGUCUUGUCAACCACUUCGUCAACGAGUUCAAGCGCAAGCACAAGAAGGACCUGACUGCCAACGCUCGUGCUCUCCGCCGCCUGCGCACCGCCUGUGAGCGCGCGAAGCGUACCCUCUCCUCCUCCGCACAGACCUCCAUCGAGAUCGACUCACUCUACGAGGGUAUCGACUUCUAUACCUCCAUCACCCGUGCCCGUUUCGAGGAGCUCUGCCAAGACCUCUUCCGCUCCACAAUGGAGCCCGUCGAGCGCACUCUCCGCGACGCUAAGAUCGACAAGUCUUCCGUUCACGAGAUUGUCCUCGUCGGUGGAUCUACCCGUAUUCCCAAGAUCCAGAAGAUGGUCUCCGACUUCUUCAACGGCAAGGAGCCUAACCGCUCCAUCAACCCCGACGAGGCCGUCGCCUACGGUGCCGCUGUCCAGGCUGCUAUCCUCUCCGGUGACACUUCCAGCAAGUCCACCAACGAGAUCUUGCUCCUCGACGWCGCGCCGUUGUCUCUCGGCAUUGAGACUGCCGGUGGUGUCAUGACUCCUCUCAUCAAGCGCAACACCACCAUCCCAACCAAGAAGUCCGAGACUUUCUCAACCUUCUCCGACAACCAACCUGGUGUUCUCAUCCAGGUCUUUGAGGGCGAACGCGCCAGAACCAAGGACAACAACUUGAUGGGCAAAUUCGAGCUCACUGGAAUUCCACCUGCUCCUCGCGGUGUUCCCCAGAUCGAAGUUACCUUCGACUUGGACGCCAAUGGCAUCAUGAACGUCUCUGCUCUCGAGAAGGGCACCGGAAAGACCAACAAGAUUGUCAUCACCAACGACAAGGGUCGCCUGUCCAAGGAGGAGAUCGAGCGCAUGCUCGCGGAGGCCGAGAAGUACAAGGAGGAGGAUGAAGCCGAGGUUUCCAGAAUUGCGGCCAAGAACGCUCUUGAGUCCUACGCCUACUCCCUCAAGAACACUCUCUCCGACUCCAAGGUCGAGGAGAAGCUGGAUGCCUCCGACAAGGAGACACUCAAGGCCGAGAUCGACAAGACCGUGGCCUGGUUGGACGACAACACCACUGCUACCAAGGAUGAGUACGAGAGCACCCAGAAGGAGUUGGAGGGUGUUGCCAACCCCAUCAUGAUGAAGAUUUACGGUGCCGAGGGUGGUGCCGGUGGCAUGCCUGGCGGUAUGCCCGGUGGUGGUAUGCCAGGCGGCGCUCCUGGCGCUGGCGGCGAUGACGGCCCAACCGUCGAGGAGGUCGACUAA